UUAUGUCUGUGUUUCUGUCAGCAUGUCGUUACUGAAGCCGUUUAGUAAACUGCCUACUUUGAACACAGCCAGCAUCUUGCUGGUGGAGAGCGAGGAGCAGUUUCAGCAGAGUUUAGCAGAUGCUCUGUUGGAGGAGACCGCUGUCACUAUGAAUGUGAGACUAUCCAAGAGUCUUCCGCUGCCCAAGGAGAAUGAGGAGAGUCGUCCAAGGAUCGACCUUGUGGUGUUCAUCAUCAACCUGACAUCAGAGCUCAGUUUUCAGUCAGCAGAAGCUUCCCUGAAACAUUUGGACUCUGGAUAUUUCCUUGGAAAAGUCUGCUUCUUGGUCAUUAAUGCUCGUAACGCUUCAGUCCCAAUAGAGCGCCUGGAUGCUGUCAGGAGGCUGGCUGCAUCGCUCCACUGCCCCCUGCUUUUUGCAGAGGAUCAGACACCAGAUGGUGUGACCAAUGCUGCAGAGAGGCUGCUGACCAUCCUGAAGGUGGCAGCCGGCCGUGUUCCUAUGGCUACAGCUCUCUACCUGUCCAACCUGACUCGAUGCACUGUGCCCCCAGACAUCGACCAGCCGAGCUUUGAUUAGUUCUUUGUUUAGUUUGAUUAGUUUUUUGAAAGGUCUUAUCUACUAUUUCACUAAUAUAUUUAUCUGUAAUUGUACAACACAACUUGUGCACAGUCAAUAAGUCAUCUUACAGCGUUUCAUCUGUUUAUUUUAAAUGUUUGUGCUUUUGUUUUGUUUUUUUCCUUUUCUGGGUUUUCUUUUUCUUUUGAAGACUAUUAGCAGAACUGGUUACUCAGCUGUAGUUAAAUACAUGUGUGCGCGCGUGUGCGUGCGUGCGUGUCAAUCAACAUAUCAUAUUAGGAAAACAGGUGUAGAUAAUAUUGUUAAAAGGUCUUUCCUAGUUUCAGAGUCUGUGCAUGCUGCCAGACUGUCACAUUGUCAUGUGUUAUUGGAGCACUUAGAUGCAGCGGAUAGUUUGUUUGUUAUUAAUAAGACUUUGAUUCUCCUGCUACAGUAUGACUCUUCAAAAGACCUACCUACCUGAUAACUGUUAUAUUGAGGGUAUAAAUCCUCUUUGAUGUGGACUAAAAUACUAAUAACAAUAUCUUUUUGUUCCUUGAACAGAGUCAACAAAGAUGUGAUUUUUAAAGUAUACAUGCAGGAUUUGUCUUGUUGCUAUUUGUAAAUUCAGCACUCAAAGUUUGCCCCUACUCCCUGGCUCUAUGACACAAAAAACAUAUGCUUCAUCUUGUCCGCUGUGGCUCUGCAGGCAGAGGUCAGAGUCUCUGUGGAUACAUAUACUGCCGCACACUAAUAGUGGGUCAUAACAGAUAAAUGAGAGGGAUUAUUUUGUAUCAGUGAAUACAUUGUGGUUUUUUUUGUUUUUAGGAAAAUCCUACUUAGUAUGCUUUUAAAUGUCACACAGCUUUCUCUGUAUAUACUGUUGGAGUGUUUGUUUUUAUGGUUUAUGUACUUGUACAAUAGUUUGUUUGUUUUUUAGGCUUUUAAUGUCAAUACAAACAAAUAAAUCAGCUAUUAUCAAUAAAAAUAUAACUGACCUCUGUGGGGUCAAACUGAAUUCUUGAAGAAAAGGAU